GCUCGUGUCGCAACACUUAUGUUCCAUAUUUGUCCAUAAUAUUCUGCAUUUGCAUAAAGUUUACACGUCGCUCUGACGAAACGGUUUAAAGGCCGAACGAAGUUCAAAACGUUUGAAAUAUCUAGCCACUCGAAACUACGUUUGUUUUUAAAGUUUCAAGAUACUCGAGAAUUCUUCGCUAUUCUGUUAUAACUUCCAUAAUAUUUUCUCACGCAUUUGCGUAAGAUUGAGAAAGAAACUAAAGAAAUCGUUAUGGAGUAAUUUAACUAUUUUUACACGCUUUUUUUUCUAUUCUACAUUUAAUAUUUAACGGAUGCAUCGUCACUCGUGAUAACUUGUUUUCUUGUGUCAUGUGCAUGAAGUUGCGAAAACCGCUCUUGCAUCGUAUUUUACAUUGGUAACUUGAGGGUGUAGAUUUGUUUGGAAGUAUUUGAAACAAAUGCGAAAUGUCGUUGAUUAGUACACUAUGGAAAUGUACGUUUAGUCCUCGUCUUUUUAAAGUUUACGAAAUAACAUGGAACGGUCGAUUGGUAAAAAAAUCGUACGAGCCUAGAACUUUAGAACGAUGGGGUGAUCAAAUCGUAAUUUGCUUUGCAGCAAUUUGGUCGAUAAGCUUAUAUACAAUACCGUUAGUUGCUACCUUUUUCUAUCAACAGAGGGGUAGUUUGACGGAUAACAUUUAUCUCUUGAGUAAAUUAGCUGCUGGUGCUGGUGUAAUUUUAAUUGCAUCGCUGGCUGCACGCGGUUGCUCUAGAGCUAAUAAUCCGAUCUAUUUAAAAUUCCUGAAGACACUGAACGAAGCAAACGCACAUUAUAGCGCGGAGACAAAGGAAGAACUUCACAAAUAUGAGUUCGAAUUCUGGGCAUGGCCUGUAGAUUUUAAAAUUAACGAUGUAGAAAAAGAUCGACCUCGUGAUAAAUUAACAUUAGAAAAGAUUGCAACUUCUAACGGUCGUGUCAAAAGGCAAACUAGUAAAGAAUUUAUAUUCACAUUACCUUGUAAAUUAAUAUCAUACGUUGUAGCUCACACAUUUGCUAUUAAAAUGAUAUAUCCUGGGAGUAUAUCAAUUAUCAACUGGGCAUUUCGCUCUUCGCAUUUGAAAGGAAGAAUAGAAUUAAUAGAGGAAGGUGGGGAAAGAUACAAAUUGUUAACUGCAGAUAACAAUGAAAUUGAUACUAUGUUGGUUGAUCGACGUAACAAAACAACAAAUGGGAAUACGCUAGUUAUUACAUGCGAAGGAAACUUAGGCUUUUACGAAACUGGAAUUAUAUCGACUCCUUUGUAUAAGGAAUAUUCCGUAUUAGGUUGGAAUCAUCCAGGUUUCGGUAGCAGCACUGGUCUACCGUAUCCGCUCCAAGAAGAGAAUGCUAUCGAUUGUGUAAUGCGUUUUGCAAUCGAUCGCUUAAAGUUCUCUGAGGAGCAAAUAAUCCUUUAUGGUUGGAGCAUCGGUGGAUAUACCGCUACUUGGGCUGCUAUGAACUAUCCUUCUAUUCAAAGUCUAGUAUUAGAUGCUACGUUCGACGACAUACUUCCAUUAGCUACCACGGUGAUGUCCUCGUCGUUAGAAGGUUUGGUGCGGAAUAUUAUCAGAGAUUAUUUCAAUUUAAAUAUCGCAGAACAGUUAAAUAGGUAUAAUGGCCCUAUAUUACUUAUACGAAGAACAGAGGACGAAGUAGUGUGUGUACCUAGUAACACUUUAGCUGGAAAUCGCGGUAACAUGUUGCUCAACAAACUUUUGUUGAGACGUUAUCCACAUCUUUUCUUGGAAUCUCCAGAAUGCGGCGCAUUUUUAACAAGACUUUUGUCUGCUGAUGUUUCUACUAAAAAAUCGAUAAUCGAAACAGUAAAUGUCGACGAACAGCGAUGCUUAGAAUUAAUUGCAAAGGACAUAGAAAAAAAUGGUGGUACUAUAUAUUAUCCUUCAACUCUCGGACAAAACUGUGAUUCUAAAAUGAAACAACAGCUUAUUCUGUUUCUCGUGACAAUGUAUAUGAAAGAUCAACCAUCUACGCACUGUGCACCACUAGCAACGGAUUUAUUUAAUCCAGGUUGGAAUCCGGCGUCCACGGUGUCCAUUAAACAAUGAAAGAAAACUCCGUGAUAUUACAUUUAAUUAAUUUACUAGGAGCUUUGUUCAAAGUUCUUAUUUACGCAGUAGAAGGAACUUUCGAGAGUCAUAAUAAUUUUCAUUGCAUUUAAUGUUGUAUGGGUAAGCGUUAUUUAUUCUACACAAGUUUGUUUGUUUUUUUUCAUGUGUCGAAUUGAUAAAGUACGAAAUUUAAAUGUGAUUUUUAUAUUCAUUAUUAAUGCUCUAGUCUAGUGGAAUCUUGGUACAUGUGGUUGGGAAAUUUACAUUUUCGAUAAUAAAGAGGAUGACGUUGUA